UCUGCAAGCGAAGAUCCUGUAACAGACAAAACUCCCACCUUUAUUUAUUUAUUUUAAUUUUAAUUUUUUUUGGUGGCGUUAUUUUCACUUUCCCCUUUUCACUUCCUUCCUUAAAGACCACGCUCUUCAAUUCAGUUUUCCCGUGAUCACUUCCUUCCUGUAUUAUAUAAGCAGGCGAAUCCCCCCCCUCCCUCAGAACCCUUCCUGCCCCCCUCCCUCUCGUUUUUUAUUACUACCGCUGUUAUAAUGGCCUAUAAUAUUCUGGUUACCGGCGGUGCUGGUUACAUAGGAAGCCACACGGUGCUGCAACUUUUAUUAGGUGGCUACAACACUGUGGUUGUUGAUAACCUCGACAACGCCUCUGAUAUUGCUCUUAAAAGAGUUAAAGAACUCGCCGGUGAUUUCGGCAAAAACCUCGUCUUUCACCAGGUUGAUCUCCGGGACAAGCCGGCUCUGGAAAAUGUUUUCGCCGAGACAAAGUUUGAUGCUGUCAUUCACUUUGCUGGGCUGAAAGCAGUUGGUGAGAGUAUGCAGAAACCAUUGCUUUAUUUCAACAAUAAUCUCAUUGGAACAAUUACUCUGCUAGAAGUUAUGGCUGCUCAUGGAUGCAAGCAGUUGGUGUUUUCAUCUUCAGCUACUGUUUAUGGUUGGCCGAAGGAGGUUCCAUGUACAGAAGAGUUCCCUUUGUCUGCUGCAAACCCGUAUGGAAGAACCAAGCUUUUCAUUGAAGAGAUCUGCCGCGAUAUCUACAGUUCAGAUUCUGAAUGGAAGAUCAUAUUACUCAGAUACUUUAAUCCAGUUGGUGCACAUCCGAGUGGCUAUAUUGGUGAGGAUCCUCGUGGAAUUCCAAACAAUCUCAUGCCCUAUGUGCAGCAAGUUGCUGUUGGCAGGAGGCCUCAUCUAACAGUUUUUGGAACUGAUUAUCCAACAAAAGACGGUACCGGGGUACGUGAUUACAUUCAUGUUGUCGAUUUAGCAGAUGGGCACAUUGCUGCAUUGCGUAAGCUCUCUGAAGCUAAUAUAGGUUGUGAAGUGUACAACUUGGGAACAGGGAAAGGUACAUCAGUUCUGGAGAUGGUCGCAGCAUUUGAAAAGGCAUCUGGAAAGAAAAUUCCUCUUGUAAUGGCUGAUCGGCGACCUGGUGAUGCUGAAACUGUGUAUGCAGCAACAGAGAAGGCAGAACGUGAAUUGAGUUGGAAGGCAAACUAUGGCGUUGAUGAGAUGUGUAGGGAUCAAUGGAACUGGGCCAGCAAGAACCCUUAUGGCUAUGGAUCUCCUGACGGCACAAACUGAAAGUUCAUAUGUCCAUUGUCUCUAUUAUAGACUAAUUAUUGUCUCGUGUUCUGUAAAGGCAUCCUCCAGUCCAGAGCAUUAGGUUAUCUAAGUUUUACCGUUAGAGUUUUUAGCUGAUAAACAUGCUGAAAUUACCAUCCUAGAAUAAGCUGCCCUGGGUUUCUUCUGUUUAAAGGUUCAACUUAUUGUCCCUAUUGCGGAAUACUUUUACCCGUAUGGCAUUUUACUUUAGCAAAAUCUUCAAGAUGGAGUGUCAAUAUUCACUGGUUCUAACGAUGAAGCCUUCCACUUA